CUUGAGAUUGACAGGGGCACUUAGAAGGCAGCCAGGACCUGGCUUGACAACGCCUUGACGUGAAGGUCAUCAUCCUGAGCUGAAAGGUUCAAUCUCAUUUGAUGUCUGUUUCACUUAAGAUCUGGGUCCUGGCUUUAUCUCCUUCUCUUUUAAAAAUCCAAAGCUUAAAGGGGACGCUGACAGAGGCAAAAAUGUGCUAACUCAGGGACAGACUCAACCAGGGCAGCAAGCAAGCCUAGGGAAAUGAUCACCUGAUCUCCAAAAGGAUCAUGAAGCUCCGGAGGCCUCGGAGCCUGGGGGUGGCUCUGGGAGUCUUUAUGACCAUCGGAUUUGGCCUCCAGCUCUUGGGGGGACCAUUCCAGAGGAGGAUAACUGGGCUACAGCUCCCACAGUCCUGGAUCCCUUCCCUCAGACCAACUAUCAAGUCUUGCCUAGCCCGCCAGCAACUUGUGUUCUUGAAGACACACAAAUCUGGGAGCAGCUCUGUGCUCAACCUCCUUCAUCGCUACGGGGACAAGCAGGGACUACGUUUUGCCCUCCCCACCCACUACCAGUUUGGCUACCCAAAGCUUUUCCAGGCCUCUAAGGUCAAAGGCUACCAUCCUCAGAGUUCAGAGACCCAGAAGCCUUUCCAUAUCCUCUGCCAUCACAUGAGGUUCAACCUGAAAGAGGUGCUCCGGGUCAUGCCUUCUGAUAGCUUCUUCUUUUCCAUUGUCCGAGAUCCGGCGGCUCUAGCCCGCUCUGCUUUCUCCUAUUACAAAUCCACCUCAUCGGCUUUCCGGAAGGCACCGUCUUUGGCUGCUUUCCUAGCCAAUCCUCGAGCCUUCUACAGACCCGGGGCCCGUGGGAACCACUACGCCCGAAACUUACUAUGGUUUGACUUCGGUUUGCCCUUCCCCCCAGAGACGAAGACCAUGAGAAUGAUUCCCCAUCUCCCCAGAGACCCCAACGCCUUCCAGCUACAUACCGUACCUUCCGGCGCUGGCCUGAGACCUCUCUUCCAAACUAUUACCACGGCUGCUGCUAAUUACGAGCAGCCGUCCAGCCUUGCCUUUUCAGCUUUCGAGCCCCCAUCUUUUAUCCAGUGGGGUCUGGCCUGGUUGGACUCUGUCUUUGACCUGGUCAUGGUGGCGGAGUACUUUGAUGAAUCCCUGGUCCUGUUGGCAGAUGCUCUGUGCUGGAGUCUGGACGAUGUGGUGGGCUUCAUGCACAACGCCCAGGCCGGCAGUGAGCAGAGGCUCAGCGCUGCCAAUAAAACUGCGGGGACUGGUGAAGAUCGGCAGCUGACCGCAAGGGCCCGAGCUUGGAAUAACCUAGACUGGGCUCUUUAUGUUCACUUCAACCGUAGUCUGUGGGCACGGAUAGAACAAUACGGCCGGAGUCGGCUGCAACGUGCUGUGGCUGAGCUCCAGGCCCGAAGAGAAGCUCUGGCAAAACGUUGUCUGAUGGGGGGUGAGGCUUUAGACCCCAAAUACAUCACCGAUGUAAGGCUCCGUCCUUUCCAGUUUGGUUCGGCUAAGGUAUUGGGCUAUGUACUUCAGAGCGGACUGAACCAGAAAGACCAGGAGGAAUGUGAACGCUUGGCUACGCCUGAGCUACAGUAUAAAGACAAACUUGAUGCCAAGCAGUUUCCCCCUACAGUCUCCCGGCCUCUCAGGACCUAACGGCCACUGACCCUAUAGGUAUCAGACUACAGAGUAGGGCACACGGGACGGGUGGAGGACCUCCAGCCGCAUCUCCGCUUCCCGUGGAAGGAA